CGAUGAAUCAAGUUGGCCAGCGGCCACCACCGCCGGUGCCGGAGCCACGCCCACCGCCGCCGACAGGGAGCUGGAUCAGGAUCUUGCGCUCGGUGGCCUCUUCAUUGGGCUUAUCUCUCCGCUCUCUCAUGGUGCUACUUUGGCGCGCAUGCCGCUUACCGGCGGGCCAAGACGAGGAGGAGCGCAAUGAUGCCAAGAACAAGAACGAGACAGGCGGCCAAGAUGAUGAGGAUCGCCUGAAGAAGACGGAGAUUGCCGCCAGGAAACGAGCAAGGCAGAAGGCCAAGAAAGCGGCCAGAAAGGAGGCCAAGGCGAAGGCCAAGAAGACCAAGAAGGAGGCCAAGGCGGAGGACAAGAAGAAGAGGCAGGAGGAGGAGGCCAUGAAGAGGAAAGAAGAGGAGGAGGCGGCCAAGGAGGAGGCCAGGAUCAGGGAAGAAGAGCAGAAGGCAGCCAAGGAGAAGGCCAGGCAGAAGCUUGCCGAGGACAAGAAAAAGGCUGACCUGGAGGAGGCCAAGAGACGGCAGCGGGAGGACGCCGAGCGGAGGAAGGAGGAGGCCAGGAUGGAGGAGGAGGACAGGCAAAGGAGGCGGGAGGAGGCCCAGAGGAGGAAGGAGGCGGACAGGAACAAGGAUGAGUAUGAGGAUGAGAAGGAUGUUCACAUUAGUUACUGGUCUCAAAAUCACAACAAGCGCAAGAAGCAGUGCCUAGGCAACAUUCCAGACGAGAUUGAUCGCCAUAACAACAAGUUUCACAAGGGAGUUGAGAUGCGAAGUUGCAGGAAGAAGGGCUGCCUUGUUAGAGCCAAUAAGAGGGACAUCCAGGUCCAUGAGUACUACUGUCAUGGUUUGAGCAAAUGAGGCCCCUGUUUGGUGCUUCUCUAGUGAGUGCUAGCAUUAGUUUUUACUCUGUUUCACAUGAGCUGUGCGCGCUAGUGUGCUGUUUGGAGAAUUUGGUACGAGAAUCUUGUGAAUGGCCUUUGGUGAUGAAUGCAUGUACGAAAAUCACUAUGACAAGCAAUGCAAUCGAAUUGCAGUAUACAUGUCAAAGCUGGAUCCAAUUCUGGGCAUGUUUUUAA